CUGGUUUGGCUGACAGGCUCUACUGCGAAAACAGUUGUUCGUAAUAAACAGCGAGGAGCUCAAUAAAUAACUAAAACUACGCGCGAAAAUAAAGAAUGCCAAAAGCAGACACGAAACCACGCGCCAACACCAAGAAAGCCGCAAAGCCAAAGAAGGAUGAGAAUGCACCAAAGAGAGCACUCUCCGCAUACAUGUAUAUGUCACAAGAACACCGCGCAGAGGUAAAGAAAGAGAAUCCAAACAUCUCCUUCGGUGAAGUUGGCAAGGUUCUUGGCGCCAAAUGGAAGGAGAUGAGCGCAGAAGAGAAGAAACCAUACGAAGAACAAGCUGCAGCUGAUAAGGAGAGAUACGAGAAGGAGAAGAAGGAGUACGAAGCUUCAAAAGACCAAAAGAAGGAAGACGACGACGAGGAAGAAGAAGAGGAGAAGCCAAAGAAGUCAAAGAAGAAGUCACCACCAAAGAAGGAGGAAUCUCCUGCUAAGGAAGAUGCCUCUGAGGAUUCUGAAUAAGUUCCUGCAACUCAAACUGCUUUCAUCUGCUAAACAACGAAUUAAUUCAAGGUAUAUCUUUACUCCUACUAUCGUGUGUACUAAAUUGACUGUUAUACAAAUUUAUUCAUUACAUCUUUAUCUUCGAGAGAUCCUCUGUUAGACUAUCUAUCAAGUUGAAUUCCUUCGCUUUCUCUUGUCUUUCAGUUUCGUAUAACUCCAUUAAUUCGCCUUUCCAUCCGCAUUCCUCUGCGAGGUUGACAACAACAUCAUCUACUUUCCCUUUGCAGAAGAUAUCUCUUGAGCCUUCAUCAAAACUGAAACCACCGCCUUCGUAAACACCAGCUUGUUCCAAAUUCAAGAGUGCUCUUGGUGUAUCACCACCAACAAAACUUAUCAAUGAAGCAAAUGGGUUGACUUUAAGUGAUGUACCCAAGACAAUCAGGAGAUCGCAGUGGUUGAAGUCAUCAUCAAGCUUGUCAAAGAAGUUCCUAGGAAGCGCUUCACCAAAGAAGGUUAUCUUAGAAGUAAUCAGUCGUUGAUUACUUUCUUAUAUUCUACUCACAUCGGGUUUAACAAAAGCGUUUUUGUCAUCAGCGCAACCAACUUCUUGACACACCGGUAUCUCGGAUCUCAUUACGCAGCUCUUGACAUACUCUCCAUCACUCAGUUCUUUGCAACUUACACAGCGCGCUUUCGCAAAUGAACCGUGAGCCUCUACCAUUAGAUCAUCCGAGACACCAGCAACCCUUUCAAGUGUAUCUAUAUUCUGUGUGAACACUCUCUUCAGUAAUCCUUUAUUCUCUAAUAGUUUAAAGAAAUAGUGUGUAAUCGUAGGCAAGAAUGAACCUGGAUAGAGCUCUUUAGCCAGUGCGUAAAAUGGCUUCGGUUGUUCUCUGAAGAAAUCUAUAUCAAAUACGGCUUCAGGAUAUGGUAAAUUGUACUGUUGCAAGUUUGCAUAUAAACCUGUAUUAGGUGAUCUGAAAUCAGGUAGACCUGCACUUGUAGAUACACCAGCACCAGCCAUGAUGAUAACUUUCUUAG